GGCUGUCCUAGGUAAGCAAAAAACCAGACCACGGCGCAUAAUGAGUCGGCCGUGAUAAUGCUGGGCAGGGUCAUCUUCUGCGUGGUGAUCGCCGCGGCCGUCCUCGCCGUCGUCCUGCUCGCCACCGUCUCCCCUCUCCCCCACCGGUCCACCGCGCGCCCCCGGGGCCUCCGCGAUAUCACGGUGUACAUCCAUCCGGCCGCGUCUGGUGCCGUGAGGCGGCAGCAAGGCGCGGCUCACGGAGACGAACGGGUGGCGAGCGCGCUGGUGUUCCGCCACCGGAUGACGGCGGGGCCGGAGAUCACGUCGGCGGCCGUCGGAGCGGCCUCGGGGUUCGUGCUCCCGGGCGAGCGCGGCUCGGCGAUGUCGGCGUUCGACACGGUGCACCUGGCGUUCGACGCGCCCGGGCUGUCCGGCGGCCUCUGCGUGGAGGUGGCCAGGAGCAAGGAGGCGCCGCGGAAGGAGGCGCUCCGUGUGGUGGGCGGCACGGGCGCGUUCGCGUUCGCGCGCGGGCGCGGCACCGUCCUGGGCCCGGAGCGGGGGAGGCGGCUGGACGACGGCGGCGCCACCGCGACGGCGUUGCGUCUUGAGCUGAGCCUGAGCGUCGCGUCCGCUGGCGCUGGGUAAACAACGACUGACAGCUGUGCGUGCGAGUCUACGAGAUGAGAGCCGAUUAGCGUUCCCUUUAUUUUCCUUUUUUGCUGUUUUUGAGUUUGCGACAUAUAUUCCCGAAACUGUAAGCCUGUAAUGCUAAUGCAGCUUUGGGUUGAUUGCGUGA